UAUUAAACUAAUAGCUCUUCUUUUGCGCACUCAGGCGACCUGCUGUACUGCGUGCGUGCGUGAUGUGUGCGAUGCUGUGAUCAUUAUCUUAAGCAGAGCGAAACAAAAGAAAGUACAAGCGCAUACACACAUCUCCACAUGGAAGAGAGGCACUGCCUCGUGGAUGAUAACGAUUAAAGCAUGUAACUUUGCUUCGUACCGAUUACUUUAAUGCCUUAUUGAGAUUCAAAGUGGACCACGACCUGCGCGAGGAACGGGAUGCAUUUUUUAGUCUUUCUGCGAUCAAGGAUCAAACUUCUACUUCGAUCAUUUUAUCUUUGAGUGACGUGCACAGUUAGCAGGAAAUCUUUUAAUGAUUACAUUCUUUUCACUUUAAAAUUUGAAUGAAAAUAGUGAUCCGAGGGAUGUGUUAAUUCUUUGCAGCUGGCGGAGAACCUGAAAGUCUGGACUUCUGUUAACUUCUUUGAAUGAUGGGUAGUGUUUUAAUGGAAUUCUUGUAAUUCUUCUCAUGGAAGAAUUGGCACCAGCACCUGAUGCUUCACUUCUAUGAGCAUAUUUCAAAUUUUGGAUUUGAUAAAAUAUUUUAAAAGUAGCUGCUUUUAAAAUUUCAAGAUUUUUCAUGGAUGCUGCUUCAGUUUUGAAAGAAACCAGGCACAGAACAACACGCACAAUUUUUAAAUCCUGAAUCUCCAUCUAAUUAACAGGAGGCAGUUUGGUGGGACCCUAAAUGACUAAAACAUUAAUAGCAACAAACUGUACCAGAAAACCAGCCAAGGAUGAGGAACAAAUACACAUUUUUUAUAGCAUUUGUUGUGGUCUUGGUCAUUAUUGAAAAGGAAAAUAAUAUAAUUUCAAGAGUAUCAGAUAAGCUUACACUGAGGCAAAACCCACAGUCUCCCAUUGAGUACAAUGAAUCCAUUAACAUUAUGUACAAAGAGAAUUCUUCCUACUUGUCCCUCAGUGAAUUGGACUCUGCAUUCCAACGAUUCAAAGACCGCCUGGAUAACUACACUCUUCGUUUCCAGGGUCAACAAGGAAAUUAUAUACCCAUCCCAAAAAAGCAUAUUCUUCUUCUGGCUACAACAAGAACUGGAUCUUCUUUUGUUGGCGAGUUUUUCAAUCAACAGACCAAUACAUUUUAUCUUUUUGAGCCUUUGUGGCAUGUGGAGAACACAAUAGCAUUUGAUUCAGUGUUUUCAAAUCUAUUUGCUACAUCAGUUGUCUACCAGGAAGUUUUGCAACAGCUUUUUCUAUGUGAUUUCCGCAUUUUGGAAAACUUUAUGGUUCCAGUGCCAGAAGAGCAUAUCACAACUUCUUUGUUUCGACGAUGGUCCAGCAAGUCACUUUGUGAAGAUCCAGUGUGCACUCCUAUAGUGAAGAGAGUCUUUGAGAGGUACCAUUGCAAGAACAGACGCUGUGCUCCUCUAAACUUGACAUUAGCUGCAGAGACUUGCCUUACUAAGGCUCAUGUGGCCAUCAAAACAGUACGGCUUCGCCUAUUAGAAUCUAUGCGUACUUUGAUUGAAGAUCCUCGAAUGGAUAUCAAAAUAAUCCAACUCGUACGUGACCCAAGAGCUGUCUUAGCAUCCAGAAUGGUUGCUUUUUCAAAUAAGUAUGCCAGCUUUAAGAAGUGGGCAGAAAAUGAAAAAGAAGCUAUAGAAGAUGAGGAGAUAAUAAAAAUAAAAAACAACUGUGAUAAUAUCAGACUUUCAGCAAUGCUUGGCUUGAGUCAACCAUCCUGGUUAAAGAAUCGAUAUAUGCUGGCCCGUUAUGAGGAUAUAGCCCAAUUCCCCAUUCAGAAAGCAGAAGAAAUGUACAGAUUUGUUGGAAUUCCAUUUACAUCAGAGGUGAAAGACUGGAUUACUAGAAACACAGAUGUGGAUAAGGGCAGCAGCGGUGUGUAUUCGACUCAUAAAAAAUCUUCAGAACAGUUUGACAAAUGGAGGUUCAGUGUACCUUUCAAAGUGGUUCAGGUUGUUCAGAAUGUCUGUGGUUCUACAAUGGAUUUAUUUGGUUAUAAACAUGUCAAUGAUAGUCAGGCUCUUACUAACAAAUCUGUCAGUUUAUUGGAAGAGAAGAGCUUUCAUUUUACAUUCUAAUAAGACUUUGGAAUGAUAAUAUGAAAACAUAAUUUCCAACAAUGAUGAUACAGAGAGAAAAAGAAAAAAAACAUUAGUUACCAAACCAAAUAAAUAUAAGCAAAUACAAAAAUCCUAGUGUUUUGCAUAGAUCUGAAGUAGGUCAUAGAGUGAUUUUAAAGUUUAUUACUAUCAUGAAUAACAAAAAAUAAAAUUGUGAGAAGUCCCAGACAAACUUAUAUGGUGAAAAACUGAACUGAACCCUGAACUAAACUGAUCUCCUUUGUGUGUUGAUUGUAUCGAUUAUCUUGUCAUCUCACCCUUCUAACAUGUUUAUCUAAUUCUUGUUUAAUAUUCUUGGGAAAGAGUUUAUUUUGAAAUAUUUAUUUAUGAGGAAAAUAAGAGGGGAUUAAAUGUAUUAAAAUAGAAAUGCUUUUAAUUGUUAUUUUUCUUGAUUUUUUUUUCAUGAAGGGGAAAUAUUUUAUUUGCACAAAUUGAGAUCUUGUUUUUUAUGAGGGACAUAAGAGGGGAUUAAAUGUAUCAAAUCAGAAAUGCUUUUUAAUUGUUAUUUUUCUUGAUUUUUUCAUGAAGGGGAAAUGAUCUAUUUGCACAAAUUGCUGAGAGCCCUGUUUUCUAGAAAGAGAAUUUUAUUGUAUAUGUAAUUUUCCAAAACCUAAGCUUAGACUCAGGAGCCACCUCAGAUUCGGUAGAUAUAGAAAUAUAAAUAUAUAGUCUAUAUUUACCCUGUGAUGAGUUCAGGUUAAUUUAUGAAUUUGUAUAAUCCUACAUCAAAACAGCCCAGAUUAGGUUGAGUGCACUUUUCACAUAAUGUGCGUUAUUUUAAUAUCUUUUAACUUAAUGGAAGAAUUUUUGGAAUGAGAGUAACACUGUGAUUUCUAUUGCAUCUAUAUUUAAAGCAAUAAAUGUUAUGAAUUAAUUAAAAAGGGUUAUGUGUAAAUGGAAGCAAAGUAAAUUCUCUGAAUACUCUUAAGAUUUAAAAAAUUAAAAUGGCAAACCUCAGUGGCUAAUGUAUAUUUUCUCUUCUGCUUGUGUAGGUUUCGGAUUUUUUUAGUUUUUUAUUUUUAGUAGGCAUUGCGUUCUUACAGACAUCCUCAAAACUUCAACUAAUGAAAAAAUGUAAAAAGAAAAGAAAACAAGUAAAGUUUUUCUAGGUUUUUGUUUAGAACUCACAUUUACAAGUAUACAUACGGUAUCUUUUUUUCUUUCUAAUAAUGAAUCUUCCAUUUUUGUAGCCACCAAACACAUUUAAAUAGAUGGCUAUUUGAGGAAAAUGGUUUAUUAUAAUUGCAUUUGUGUCCAGAUGUAAAGUGAACAACUCAAAAUACAAGUAGUGCAUGUACUUGUGAAGAGUAAUCUGUGCCUUUUUACACAUUAAAAUAAAUUUAUAUUCAAAUUUUUGUACAAAGAUUAUAUGGUGCCUUUUUUAACAUUCAGGAGAUAUUGUACUUUUUUACCGUUCAGCCAUGUUUACAUGAUACUGCCUAGACGUACCUUAAACUGUUCCAAGGCAUUUACUGCUUUAAUAAGCAUCAUGUUUCAAUAAGCUGCACCAUAUUAUGAAAAACCUGAGGCCAGUGGCUUGAAUCUAAAAAUGUUAAGUUGGUUUUAGUGAAUUUAGGAGGGCUUCAUAAUCCUUCAGAACUUUGUAAAAAUGUGAAUCAAAAUUCUGGUAUGGUACAAUGAUAAAUUUACAGUAGAAAGUUCAUAUGAUGCCCUUCUCAAAUUGCUCAUCCAGAACCUUUCCCUUCAUACAAAGUAGAAAACCAAGUACCCCACAUUCUUGUAGACUGAGCAAAUCGCUAGUGCUCGAUAUUCAGAAAGGAGAAGUAAAGUCACUGUGUCUGGUUUGUAAGCAAGGUCACUCAGCAUUAUUUACAUUAUUUUCGCUUUGCUUGUCACAGUUUACAGUGAAGGGCAUCCCACUACUAACACCAUAUUAACUGAACUGUGCCACACUACAAUAGAGCAGGUUGUUUUCUUCAUGAAUCUAUUAUCUCACACUUCCCAGCCCACUCAUGGGCAGGAAAAAAUGAGUGAAUUGGCCUUUAAAACUAAAAGAAUGUCCCUGAAGACCUAGAAAGUACUAUUACUCUUCUUGUUUGGGGAUGGUCAUAUUAGUACACCACUUCUGCAACUGUUUAAAUUGCACAUCAUGUUAUGUACAGGACCCUUAACUCGUCAUCAGGGUCUCCAAUUAAGAUUAGUUCAGCUUAAAGCAUGUUAAGUUAGUGGCAUUGCAUUGUAUAGUUUCAGGUCAGACUUUCAUUUUUGGUCAUAAUUAUUAUAGCUUCUAUCUGAUUUUAUACUGUUUCUAUGAAAAUUAAUUCACUGUAAACUUAUAUAGUUGUGCUCAUUGUCAAUUCCCAUUAGUAACAAAAGGCUGAUGGGUUUUUAUGUUGCAAAAAGGCCCUUAGAAAACUUGAAAUGUUUUUGUGAGUAGAUAAUAUAUAAAUCUGAUGUUAGUUUUGAGUUUAACUAUUCACAGUAAAGUAAGAUUGCCCAGGAAAAGGAGCAAGUAGCUGGCUAACCAGCUAGCAGUUAACUUUAGUUAGGAAAUAAUGAGAGUUUUGGAUGUCUUGUUUGUAAGAGAAGUGUUUUGUUUUUUUCUUUAAAUUAUUGAAAAUGUGUGCUUUUUUAUUUUUCUGGUCAAUAAUGUUUUUCAAGCAAGACAUUAAAGAGAAAUGCAAUGUAUGCUAAUUUAUCAGAAAAGAGAGAGUUAAUAAGCUCAUAUAACAAAUGAAUAGUCAUAACUGAAAAAUUCUGCAGCUGGUUUGCAGACUUUAACAGUGUUAGUUUAUUCUGCAGUGUGAUGCCAAAAUCAAUAAAAGUGAAAAAACUGCAAUAAACAAACCUUGUGCCACAAACAUUUUUAAUAAAGAGUAGUGCUUAUUUACAA